CUAAUUCUGUUCUUAGCAUCAUAAAUAAGCAUAGAGAAUUAGUCACCUGUCAAAACGCUAAUGAUGAAGAAGGUAGUUUUAAUAUCUGUGACCAAAUCCUCAUUGAUUCUACAGUUAGUUGUGAAGAGGCCU